CUAUAAAAUUAUGAAUGGACUUGGCACAAAAAGUUUAUAAUGGAGGAAGGAAAAUUCCCUGGAAAAUUUCUGAUAAAAAGCAUCAUAAACCUUCAAACUUUCACAACUUUCCUUUUCAAGCUUCUUAGCCAUGACCAAAAUGAUGGAUUUCUCCAUUCUUAUCUCAUUUUAUGCGCUGUUUCGGUUGCUAUUAAUCAGCAAUACAGCAAAGUCAGAACCAGAAGAACACCAAACAUACAUCAUCCACUUGGAUCAUUCUCAGAAACCAGAGUCUUUCUUAACCCACCGAUCAUGGCACCAGUCCAUAUUAAACUCUUUGUCCUCAGCUGAUGAAACAGAAAGACUACUUUACUCUUAUAGCCAUGCCACGCACGGCUUUAGUGCCAGACUCACACCCUCUGGUCUAUCUGAAAUCGAGAAAUCUCCAGCUCAUCUUGCCACCUACUCAGAGUCAUUUGGCAAGUUAUACACAACCCACACUCCUAAGUUUCUUGGAUUAAAACAUGAAUCUGGUAUAUGGCCUGCUGCUUCAUAUGGUGAAGGUGUGAUCAUAGGAGUUGUCGAUACGGGAAUCUGGCCGGAAAGUGAGAGUUUUAGUGACAACGGUAUGCCAUCUAUACCAGAAAGAUGGAAGGGCAAGUGUGAGAAUGGAACAAUAUUUAGCUCUUCUGUCUGCAACAGGAAGCUCAUUGGUGCUCGAUCUUUUAGCAAAGGGCUUCAAGCCGCAGGUAUAAAGAUCUCCAAGAAACAUGACUUUGACUCGCCAAGAGACUUCUGGGGUCAUGGAACUCACACAUCAUCGACAGCUGCUGGUAACAGGGUCCUUGGAGUAAGUCACUAUGGAUAUGCUAGAGGAACAGCCAGAGGAAUAGCACCAGCUGCACACGUUGCUAUGUACAAGGUCUUCUGGGCAACGGACAAUGAUGAGAGUGCAGCAAGUGAUGUACUUGCAGGAAUUGAUCAAGCAAUCGCUGACGGUGUUGAUAUUUUGUCACUGUCAAUUGGAUUUGACCAGACACCUUACUUCAAGGAUAUCGUGGCCAUAGCUUCUCUUUCAGCUAUAGAGAAAGGCAUUUUUGUUGUGUGUGCUGCAGGGAAUGAUGGAGGUCACAACUCAAUACACAAUGGAGCACCAUGGAUCAUGACAACAGGAGCUAGCUCCAUCGACAGAAGUUUUACUGCAUCAGUUACUCUACAAAAUGGAUAUAGUUUUGAAGGUAUAUCAUACUUUCCACAAAGCAUUUACAUUACCAAUGCAUCAUUAUAUUAUGGCAAAGGCAAUAUAAGCAAAGCAGAAUGCAAUCAUAAAGCACUGGACGCAAAUGAAGUUGCUGGAAAGGUAGUCCUUUGUGACAAUAGCACGAAAAUUGACAUUGAUGAACAAUUAAAUGAGGUUAAGAGGGCAGGUGCUAUUGCGGGUAUAUUUUUGUCAGAUACAUCAGAUUUACUUCCAGAGGAAUACACCAUUCCUGGCGUGACCCUGCACACCGCUUCAGGAAUUUUGGUUAGAGAGUAUGCGACGAGAGAACCUAGAGCAAGGUUUGAAGGCAUGAGGUUCCUGGAAACAACAUUGAGAACUAAACCAGCCCCUCAAGUUGCCUAUUUCUCUUCAAGAGGGCUGGAUCCAAUCAGCCCAGGUGUACUAAAGCCAGAUAUUGUGGCUCCAGGAGUUGAUGUCCUCGCAGCAGUCUCUCCCAACGUGCCAUUCAUGACAAUUGGAAACUACGAUUUGGUCUCAGAUUAUGAACUAUGGUCGGGCACGUCAAUGGCAACACCCCAUGUCGCCGGCGUUGCAGCUUUACUAAAAUCUGUCCACUGGGAUUGGAGCCCAGCUGCCAUUCGAUCAGCACUGAUGACUACAGCAUAUUCCAUUGAUAACACCGGCAGCAUUCUGAAAGAUGAAACAACUGGCCUUCCUGCCACGCCUCUAGAUUUUGGGGCAGGCCAUAUAGAUCCAAACAAAGCCAUGGACCCCGGACUCAUCUAUGACAUGGAGUUUCAGGAUUACAUUGAAUUCCUAUGCAGCCUGGGUUAUGAUCAAAAUCAGUUGAAAGCUGUUAUUCGACAAAAUCAAUGGAAUUGCAGCACAGAGCAUACAGAACUCAAUUAUCCUUCUUUUGUUGCUAUAUUCACAAAUGAAACGGUGAACAGCUUUAGGAGGAACGUCAAAAACGUGGGAGAAGAAGAAUCAGAGUAUCAUGCAAAUUUGGAGCUUCCUCCUGGAAUGAAAAUCCGAAUAGAGCCCAGCAGUCUCACAUUCACUCAAAAAUAUCAGAAGCAGAGUUUUGUUUUGAGUGUAGAGAUUGAUAAAAUAGCUCCAAAUGUGACAUAUGGUUAUCUCAAAUGGAUUGAUCAGCAUAAUCAUACUGUAUCAAGCCCCAUAGUAGCCAUUAAACCCUAGCCAAAUCACACUCAUUCUGGCUUCCGAUGGUGAUUGUGUUCUGCGAAAUUGGGGUUAGUAAAUAAAUUGUGAUCUUAUGAUAUGUAAUUAUAUGCAGGGACGCAUUCAUGAGCUGA